CAUUCUUCCUCAGUGGCCCCCUCUUCCCAAAACACCCAAAAGAAGCACCAUGUGCGACUGCAUGCAUGGGUUUGUGGAGGAGUUUGAGGAGGAACAGGAGGAGGUAGAGGAAGAAGAAGAGGAGGCUGAGGAAGAGAAUACGGAGGAAGAAGAAACCGAUGAGAAAGAACAAGAGGAAGAAGAUGAACAAGAGGCAGAAGAGGAUUUAAAACCCAAGCCCAAAAUGUAUAUUCCCAACAUUAUGGCACCAAAACUGCCUGAUGGAGAGAAGCUGGACUUCGAUGACCUCCACCGGAAGCGUGCGGAGAAGGACUUCAAUGAAUUGCAGAGUCUCAUUGAGCUGCACUUCUCCACCAGGCAGAAGGAGGAGGAUGAGCUCAUAGCUUUGAAGAGCCGUAUCGAGCGGCGUCGGGCCGAUCGUGCCGAACAGCAGCGCAUCAGAUCCGAGCGCGAUCGCGAGAGACAGGCACGCAUUGCGGAGGAAAGGGCACGGCGUGAGGAAGAGGCCGCCAAAUUGCGAGCUGAGGAGGAAGCCAGGAAAAAGAAGAUCCUUUCUAACAAGGGCUUCGGUGGCUACCUGCAGAAGGUAGAUCAGAAGAAGGGAAAGAAGAUGACGGAACGUGAGAAGAAGACCAAAUGUCUGCUGGAGCGUCGCAAACCCCUCAACAUUGAUCACCUCAACCAGGAAAAGCUGGGAGAGAAAGCCCUUGACCUUUGGAAGUGGCUCAGUCAACUCCACGCUGAGAAGUUUGACCUGACAGAGAAGCUGAAGAGACAGAAGUACGACAUCAAAGUUCUGCGGAACCGUGUUAGUGACCAUCAAAGGGGAGCUAAGAUGACCAAGACCACCAGGAAGUCCAGGAAAUAAAUGACACAUGCAAUGACACACAGAACAGAGGAAUCCCAGUUUCAAGUCUCAUACUGAACU